AUGGAGCGAUUGAAGCAACUGGAGGAAAAAAGGAGACAAUUGAAAGAGCUGCGUGAGAGGCGAAAACAAGCCAGCUUGUUCCCUGGGAGCGAGACGAUGGGCCACCAUCCCACAGAGGUGCACGCUAAGGCAACCAUGGUCAGCGUUUCAGUGCAGACCGACAUGGAGGAAGGCUCAAAGAUUCAAGAGCCCCAAUCUGCAUAUCUUCGACGUAAGGAGGUUAUAACAUACGACAAAGGCAUUCAAACAGAUCAAAUUGAGGAAGAACAACUGCAAGAAAAUGAAAAUCACACCACUACUGAUGCUGUCGCCAUUGAAACUACUGCUGCCGACGAAAAUAAUAAAGACAAAGCUGAAAACGACCAGCCAAGGUUAGAACUAGCCAAACCUUUUCUUGUUGAAGAGGCGGCGGCAACGCUGAGCAACGCUAGUUUUGCGCGGCUGGAGACAGAGGUUUCUGCGUCAGGCCAGCAGGCGCCAUCGAACAUGCAACAGGAUAAAGACAACCUCAUGCAAUGGAACAUGGUCAGUGAGAAUUUACAAUCAGAGACAGACUGCGAUUGUAUCGCUCAGGAGUAUGACCCAGGAAAAGGCGUCUUGGUUGUGGUUUAUCUACGAUUGCCGCCGGCAGACCUACAGUAUGCUAGCAGCGAAGCGGCGUGGUCUGUGGUGAAUGUAGUCAAGUGCGAUAAUGCCAGCGGACGCAACGGCCUCUUGAUAGAUAUGGUAGAGUUCCGUGGUACGCGGAUCAUGACAGCCACGAUCCUCCGUCGGUAUCAUCCGGAAAGCAAUGUAAUAUCAAUCUUGUUGGCGACCUUGACGGGCAAGAUCAUAUUGUACGAGCUUAGAUUGAAACAGAAAAAGCCAGAAACACCGGUAGUGUAUGUCGUGCAGCGAAAUAUGGUGGCAAGACACUACUUUCAGCACCCAGUGGUGGCUGUAAUUGAAACAAGCAGCGUGCAAGAUCAAGAGAGAGUACUUGUGGCAGCUGAUAAUGGCAAUAUUAUGGAGUUGAGCUGCCUGGACUUGACUGUUUUGCGGAAGCCACAGCAGCUCCGUCCUGUACCGCUAUCACAGCUUUUAUCUUUGGAGAAUGAUACUUGCACAUAUACGGAGCGAUUGCAGCGGUUGGCAAAGUUUGAUGAGGUAGGUAUAGCUUGCAUGGCGUACACGAGUGAGGACCCGCAGUACGUCUGGAUCGGUGGCGAAGACGGUGGUAUAUACAAGGUUUUCUGGGACCAACCUGGGCCGCUGUACCUCUCUUUGGACAACAAUGGGUUCCAACCUGCAGAAAACCACUCUACGAGGGUAACCGGGUUAGAGUUUCAUUGGGACGAUGCUCGGCGGCUAAUGCUUCUAUUAUCAUGUUCCACGGACUGGACGGUGCGGCUGUGGGACGCGCGAGCAGGGAAAGCUAUCAUAGGGGCGCCAUUGUUGUUAGGGGGGCCCGUACUACGUGCACGCUGGCUCGAAAAAAACAAUGGAGGGGAAAAUAGUCGCACUCUACGGUGUCAAGUGUGGUGUGCAGAUGGUCGCCUCGUUGUUGUAAAUUGGGCUUUCGAUGCUAAGACGUCCCUCUACACGGCCACUGUUAUCUCCUAA